GAGAAGUGGAGCGAGGAGGAUGAGUCGCACGCUGGGAUUGGCCCGUUUUGCCUUGGCGAAUCAGGAAGCCAGAGGGGAGAAGGGGGUCCUCGCAGCAGAAAGGGGGGAUUCUGAGCAACGACAGUCUGGGCUCCAAGGAGUGGAAAGGAUGGCAGAAGUGGAGAUAUCAGCCCGAGCAUAUGUCAAGAUGUGCCUUCACGCAGCCCGUUACCCCCAUGCAGCGGUGAAUGGACUGCUUUUGGCCCAAAGGCGGAGGGCAACAAGUGGGCAACCAGAAUGCCUUUGCAUCACAGACUGUGUCCCCCUCUUCCACAGCCACCUGUCGCUCACGGUCAUGCUGGAAGUGGCCCUAAACCAGGUUGAUGCAUGGAGCUCAGAAGCAGAUCUGCAUCUGGCUGGCUAUUAUCAGGCAAACUCUGGGAUUGACGACAAAAGCCUCUCAUCCCUUGCGCAAAAGACCGCUGGACGCAUUGCUGAACUUUAUGACCAUGCCGUCCUUAUCAUGUUAGAUAACCGCAAGUUCACGAUCAAUCCCCGAGUUCCUCCAAUAAUUGUGUUGGAGCAGAAGGAGCGACAGUGGGUUCCCAAAGACAAGAACCUGGUCAUGUGGAGCGACUGGGAAUCAUCUCGCCACAUCUGCAAGUCUCUCCUAGAAGCCAAGGCUUAUUCCCAAUUGGUUGACUUUGAUGCCCACCUGGAUGACAUCAGAGAGGACUGGACCAAUCAGCAACUAAAUACAGAAAUCGCCCAGCUGGUGUCAGUAGCCAAUGGCAGUGCAUGAAGGAAUAUAGGAUCCGUUAGCGCCAACCAGAAGCAUAGAGCAUCAGUCUUGGAUGGUUUAGCUCCUCCUCUCACCUAGCACAUUAUUUAUAACAGCUAAGAAGAAAAUCUGGAUUUUGAGCAUUUUUAAAAAAAAAUUCCUAGAGAUAUGGACUUGUCUGCCCCAAAAACUCUGCACAAAAACGAGACCCAUCAAACCUAACUUUUUGUCAGCUGAUAAUCUCAGAAAUGUAUUUGAUCAAUGCCUCUAGCUGUGAAGCUAUAAACCUUGUAAAAACAGUCCAUGCUCCCAUAUUGGAUUAUACUGAAAUAUUAUAAAGAAUUAUCCGGAAGACUUCAGGAUUGUUUUUGGUUUAUAAAGCUCACCGUUCUGAAUGA